AUUUGAUGGUGCUAGCAGGGCUUCUCAUUUUGUAGCCCGUUGGCUCGUCUGCACCAUUUCCGGAGCUCUUACCGGCCUUUUCGCUCUUGUGCUUGAUAAAAAAAAGCUACAGUACAACAGUUGAGAGCUUGAGGAAGAAAUGUAGUAACAAGAAGACUUCAAGUAGCAAAUAGAUGGACGAGCCCCCUCCCAACUAAGCAAUGUCGAUGCAAUUUCUUCGAAGAGCCGUUUCAAGAACAUUCUGUUCAUCACUGUCUUCUUCUUCUUCUUCUUCGUUGUCUUUGUCAUCGUCGUCAUCUUUGCAAAUAUCUUUGUCUCCUUGUAAUCUCACAAACACUAUUCUUAGUUGCAGAACCCCUGAGGAAGCACUUGGGUGCUUCAAUGCCGUCUCAAAACAAAUAAACCCGAUCAAGAAUCCUCAACCUUAUACUGCUAUUGUUCAUGUCCUAACUGGGGCCAAAUUGUACACCAAGGCAAGGUGCUUGAUAAAAGACCUCGUCCAGAAGCUUCAAAAGUCUCGCAAGCCUUACUGGAUCUGUCAUUUUGUUUUCACUGAACUUAAUGGGUUAGAAAGCUCUAAAUACACUCCCAAUGUGUUUAGAGUGUUAAUUGUUGCGUUUUUUGAAAUGGGUCUUGUGGAGGAAGCCCUAUGGGUGUAUAAGAAGAUUGGAAUUUUGCCUGCAGUGCCAACAUGUAAUGCGCUUUUGGAUGGGUUGGUUAAAGCUGGAAGGUUUGAGUCUAUGUGGGAAAUUUAUGGGGACAUGGUGUCUCGUGGGUUGGCUUCUAAUGUAGUCACGUAUGGUAUAUUGAUUAAUGGGUGUUGUGGUCAAGGUGAUAUCUCAAAGGCACACAAGUUAUUUGAUGAAAUGGUUGAGAAGGGUAUCCAACCCACAGUUGUGGUAUACACAACUCUUAUACGUGGCCUUUGCAGUGUGAGUGAAAUGGCUGAAGCAGAAAGUGUCUUUAAGUUGAUGCGGGAAUCUGGCGUGCUCCCUAAUUUGUACACCUACAACAUUCUCAUGGAUGGUUAUUGCAAAAUGGCCAAUGUUAAAAGAGCUCUCAAUUUGUAUCAGGACAUGCUUGGUGAUAGCUUGUGGCCAAAUAUUGUUACAUUUGGUAUCCUAAUAGAUGCACUUUGUAAAUUGGGUGAACUGACGACUGCCAAGAAUUAUUUUGUAUUCAUGGCUAAGUUUGGUGUUAUUCCUAAUGUUUAUGUGUAUAAUUGUUUGAUUGAUGGCCAUUGUAAGGUGGGGAACUUGUCUGAAGCAAUGAAUUUGCAAUCAGAAAUGGGAAAGCUUGAAAUUUCACCAGAUGUCUUCACUUACAGUAUACUUAUUAAGGGUCUCUGUAGUUUGGGUAGAGUGGAAGAAGCAGAUGAUCUUUUUCAGAGUAUGACUACAAAGGGAGUCCUUGCUAAUUCUGUGACAUACAACUCACUAAUUGAUGGGUAUUGUAAAGAAAGAAAUAUGGAGAAGGCUUUGGAAGUGUGUUCUCAAAUGACUGAAAAGGGUAUAGAACCCAAUGUCAUCACUUUCUCUACACUAAUUGAUGGUUAUUGCAAGAGGGGAGACAUGGAGGCUGCCAUGGCAUUGUACUCGGAAAUGGUAAUUAAAAGUAUUGUGCCAGAUGUUGUUGCUUACACAGCUUUGAUUGAUGGACACAGUAAAAUUGGUAACAUGAAGGAGGCUCUUCGGUUGCACAAAGAGAUGCAAGAGGCAGGUCUAUCCCCCAACGUAUUCACAAUUAGUUGUUUGAUUGAUGGACUCUAUAAAGAUGGAAGGGUUUCCGAUGCGAUUAAACUUUUCUUGGAGAUAUCUGGAGUUGGUUCCACUAGAGAUGAAAUCAAUAGAACAGAUAGAAGCUUUUGUUCCCCAAAUUAUGUGACAUAUACAACUAUAAUUCAAGGUUUGUGUAGUGAUGGAAAAAUUUUCAAGGCCGCUAAGAUUUUCUCAGAUAUGAGAUGCUAUGGUUUGAGACCAGAUGCCUUCACUUACAUCAUCAUGUUACAGGGGCAUUUCCAAGCCAAACAUGUGCUUGAUGUGAUGAUGUUGCAUGCAGAUAUGCUUAAGAUGGGUAUCAUUCCAAAUGCAGUCAUAUACCAAGUUUUGGCAAAGGGUUAUCAAGCAAAUGACUACCUAAAAUCAGCUUAAAGGUGUUUUGAGGAUUUACUUGACUUUGGUGUUUGAAUUAGGACCUAUGCCAUAAUUGUUCUUGGUCAGAGGAAGCACUAAUUAUGAAUAAGGACAACAUAUCAAGUGAUCUCCUCAGCAAGAUGAUUGAUAUUCUCUGAAGGACUCCUAAUUGGCAAGGCUGAUGAGAGGAUGCACAACAACUCAUCUCUCCCUUUUGCAACUUGCAAAACAAUAAGUGAUGUUGACGUUUCAUUGCAAUUGUUUCUAUAUAAUGUGGAAAUAGAAAUUAUGGCAUUGGUUGAGCAUGUCCAUGAUUGUCUUGUUGACAAUUCUUCAACCUCGAGGAGUUGUGCACGUACUUGGAUGUUUCAUUGAGGAUCUAUAUCCAACUCCAAGUGGAUCAAUUAUAUUUGAAGAGCUCCAAAUCAAUUGUGUAAAGAGAACAUGCUAGAUUGAUUUGGCUUGCAUGGAAUUGUGAUAUAUCCUUUGGGUUAUGCUGAGUUAAACCCAUUGAAAAGUUUUAUUUCUCCUCUUUCAAACAUCAAUUCAAUGUAUUGUUACUGCACAGUAGUUGGUGUAAUACUAGCACAUGAAUUAGAUUUUAUGAUUCAAAUGAGGCAAUUUGAGAUUUCAGAAUUUACAAUGGAAUAAAUGCUCUUUGAACUAUUUUUCAUUCA